AAUGUAUUUUUUUUUUCCGUUUCGUGUGCCCAGAGUGAUAUGUUCGCUUAAUUUUUUCAUUUUGUUUGUUUGUGUUUGACCCGCACCGCACGUCGAUGCCGGCUAGUAAGGGGGCCCCACUAGGGAGAUUCCCGACGUGUCAUUGCAGUGUCUACGGGGGUUUCAAGUUGUGUCGCUGAUAUGGAGCGAUAUCAGCCGUCUGUCGGGGCCCCCCUACUAGCAACUACUCAGUGACAACUCGGAAAUGGCCCUGUGUCAUUGACGUCAGCCGUCCCUCGGGGCCCCCUUCAGCUCGGGGCCCUAGGCAAUUGCCUGGGUUGCUUGUUCCGUUGCAGCGCCUGUGCUAGUAUCUAUACAAAAAACGUUAAAUGCCUUACCUGCCCGCUGGAGCCAGCAGGCGGACCGGGUGGAGCAGACGCUAUCGCAGAAUCACGCUGUGUUCAAGGUAGUGUGUGGAAGUGCGAAACGUCAGAUAUUAUAGCGGGAUCUUUGAACACCACAACCUGGCAAAGUGUGUUGUUCUUUCACUGCGAUUCAUGCCAAGUGUGGUCUAAAACAGCUUGCUAAACAUAAUUGUGUCUACUGCCAAUCACGUGAAUAUGCUGUAUAUAAAGGAGUGAGUCUUAAUUAUCGCAGUACCCACGUUUCUUGAAGGCAACGUAGUUGAGGCAGGUCGUCAGCCUUCUUUGUUAAGCUGUCACUCAUGAUACGAAAAAAAGAUUCGAAACUGUAAAAAAAAAGAUUGAAAAUAUACAUUGUUGAAUUGUUCAAUAAUCAAGACCAAAACAUCAAUUUUCAGGUUCAAAUCUUUUUUUCAAACGAACAAAACUAUUGGCAUGGAUUUAGCUCCAUAAUAAUCUGGUUUCUCAAAAAUGUUGUCAAUUUCACUGGCCAUUGAAGAAACUCUUUGAAUGACCUUAAACUUCAGACUUUGAGUUAACUCCUCUCCUCCUUUAUAACUUUCACUACCCUGGCCGAUGCUGAGCUACGAUUGGCCAGUCCGUGCUCGAGGAGCGGGGCUUAUCAAAGGGUCAAUUCCAUUGGUUAUCACUGCUGCUCCAAUUGGAUCGGACUGUCUGCCACUCAGGCGGUGGCCGGGGUCAUUUCAUUCCAACCCGACAGUAACUUCAGGUCAGUCUACCUGCUGCGCGUCAAGAAUGGCGGGACGUGUACUUCUUCGGGUCUGUACAACAGCAGCGCAGUUGAGGAGCAGCGCGGUGGCUCGUCCAUUGCACCACGCGAUGGCCACAGCCAACGGAAUACCAACAGAUGAAGAACAGGCGACCGGACUAGAGCGACGCGCUCUGCAGGCCCUCAAACAGGGAAAGGAUCCCUACAGUAUGCUAAAGCCCAGGCAGCAUGCUGGCACCAAGGGGGAGCCUCACAUUGUGCCAUGCAUUGGAACCAAGAGACUGGUGGGCUGUAUCUGUGAAGAAGACAACACAUCUGUUGUGUGGUUCUGGCUCCACGAGGGAGAUUCUCAGCGCUGUCCUUCCUGUGGUUCCCACUAUAAACUGGUCCACCAUGAGUUGCCCCAUUGAAACUAAAAUUAACACAAGUGCUGUACAAACAGGACAAUGCAGACAUCAAUAUCCGCCUCCUUCAUGGCCAUAUACUGCAAAUGUGUGCAUAUCAUUUCUCAUUAAAUGUCAACUUUAACUCAA